AUGAACGCCCACCUCUUCAUCGGCCGUGUCGCCGCCGCCCGCCACGCCGCCUCCCGCCUGGCCCUCCGACAAUUCUCGACGUCGAGGCCCGCGUGCGCCGCCUACCACCCCUACUCUUUGCCGUCGCAGUCAUCGGGCAAAACCCGUGGGGAUGAGCUCUCCGAGACCUCGAUUGCCUUCCCCGAAGAGGCCCUGCCCCGGGUCCACGAGACGCGGCCGCCACCGUCCUCGCCAGCGUCACCCGCCCCCGCGCCAUCACCACAACCACCCGCACAGGCUACCUCGCCAGCGCCAUCAUCAUCAACGACAAUGUCAACACCACAACCGAAGCCCGCCGCCGCCGCCGCCGCCGAGACCCAGCCGCAGAAAGCAAAGCCCACACGGCCGCGGUCGAAGCUGAGGCCACGUAAGGCGGCCAUGAAGCUGACGCCCGCCGCCGUCGAGCAGCUGCGCAACCUGCUGGACCAGCCCGAGCCCAAGCUCAUCAAGGUCGGCGUGCGCAACCGCGGCUGCAGCGGGCUGGCCUACCACCUCGAGUUCGUCGACAAGCCGGGCGCCUUUGACGAGACGGUCGAGCAGGACGGCGUCCGCGUCCUCAUCGACAGCAAGGCGCUGUUCAGCAUCAUCGGCAGCGAGAUGGACUGGGCCGAAGACAAGCUCAGCCAGCGAUUUGUUUUCAGAAAUCCCAACAUCAAGGAGGAAUGUGGUUGUGGCGAGUCUUUUAUGGUAUAG